AUGGCCGUCUCACAGGAUAUCGUGUCCAGCCUCUCCGACGGGACAGUCCGUCAAGCAUCAAAGCCCUAUUUCCAACAAGAAGCAUAUUUACGACCAGCAACAAUCCAGUGUCACGCCUCGAAUUUGUUGCAUCUUCCAAAUGGAGACCUUUUAUGCGCCUGGUUUGGAGGCAACAUGGAGGGAAAACCCGAUAUCAGUAUUUACCUUUCUCGUCUAGUCUCAGGCAAACAAAACUGGACCGAGGCCGUGAGAGUUACUCAUGACAAUACGCGCAGCGAGCAGAACCCAUUGCUCUUCAGGGAGCCUUCUUCCGGGAAACUCUGGCUUCUGUAUACGUCUCAAAAGGGAGGCGACCAGGACUCCGCAGUCGUGAAACGGGUCAUCUCUGAUGAUGAUGGAAACACCUGGAAAGACCCUCAGAUCCUCUUCCCUGAACCAGGCACUUUUAUCCGGCAGCCCAUCACCGUGUUGGACAGCGGAGCAUUUGUAGUCCCUACUUUCAAAUGCCGGGUUGACCCGGGCCAAAAAUGGCUGGGAAGCGACGACAUCUCGGCCAUUCGCACAUCGAAUGAUCAGGGCAAGACAUGGUCUGAGACGGCAGUCCCGGAUAGCACGGGAUGCGUGCAUAUGGAGAUUCAGAGACUGCGAGAUGGCUCAUACCUCGGUUUGUACCGCAGUCGAUGGGCGGACUUUAUCUAUUCCUCAACCUCACCAGAUGGACUCUCGUGGAGCGCGCCACAACCUACUUCCUUGCCGAACCCGAACGCAGGAAUCUGCUUCGAUGUCCUUCCUUCUGGUCGAGUUGUGGUAGUAUACAACCACUCCUCAAAGCAGAACGCAAAGGGACGUCGGACGGGAUUGUACGAUGAUAUUGGCGACGAAGACGACAAGCGUCAAAACCAAAUCGCCAAGCAUGCUGGGAAAGAAGCAUUUUGGGGUGCGCCUCGAGCUCCGCUGUGCGUUGCCUGGAGUGACGACAAUGGAAAGAGUUUUAAGCAUAGAGUGCUCGAGGAUGGAGAUGGAUUUUGUCUGACGAAUAACAGUGAAGACAAACUAAAUCGGGAGCUAUCUUACCCCAGUAUGGUGGUUGGUGGUGAUGGAACGAUUCAUAUUGCAUUUACAUUGUGGCGGCAGACGAUUAAAUACGUGCAGAUUAAAGAUGAUUUUUUUGAGUAA